GCAGAAACCACAUAAUAAAAACUCCUUCACUCUCUCUUCCUCUACUGCAAAUCUUGACAUCCAAUUAAAACCCCUAAUUUCACUUUCUUCCAGAGGAUGGCAGGUGGUUCCCACCCCAAAUCCUCCACUCACAAACCCUCCUCCUCUUCCACCCCUGCCCCCCACCGCAAAUCCCGUUGGGAAUCCACCUCCAACAACAACAACAACAAUCCACCACCACCUCAAUCCAACCAGAAACUCCCUAAACCAAACCCUUCCCCAAAGCCUAACACUGGGCGAUCCCCUAAGCCCGCUACUUCUACUGCAGGCCCAAUCCAACCUUCACAAGUCCCUCCGUUCCCGUUCCCAGACCUCGGCCCUCCUCCACCACCUACCUACGGCUUUCACAUGCUUGAACGCCGCACUAUUAUGCUCGCCGACGGCAGCGUCCGUUCUUACUUAGCUCUCCCCCCAGAUUACCAAGACUUCCCUCGUCCUCCUCUUCCGCCGCGGUUCCUUCACGGGGGCCCCACCCCUGAAUUUCUCCCCGGUGGGCCUCGCUUCCCUCCACGGAGCCCUGAUAUGCUAGGUUUUCAAAAUCAGAAUAAGAGGAAAUUUGAAGAGGAACUAGUAAAGCUCGGAAAUAGUAGUAGUAGUAACUAUAACAACAACAAUUCAAAUGGGAGAAAUUACACUUUGGGGGGUGCCGGGACUAGUAAUGUGGGGGAUGAAAUGAGAGCGGGGAAGCAAAUGAGGAUUAGUAGCGGUGAUGGUGUGGGGUUUGUCAGUAGUAAUAAUAAUAGGAAUGUUGGUGAAGUGAACCAGAGUGAAUUAAAGAAAGCGUUUUUGCAUUUUGUGAAGGUGAUUAAUGAGAAUGAGGCUGAUAGGAAGAAGUAUUUGGAGGAUGGAAAGCAAGGGCGGCUUCAGUGUGUGGCUUGUGGCAGGUCUUCCAAAGACUUCCCAGACAUGCAUGCUCUUAUAAUGCACACGUACAGCUCAGAUAAUGCUGAUGUGCGUGUGGAUCACUUGGGCUUGCAUAAAGCUCUCUGUGUUCUAAUGGGAUGGAACUAUUCAAAGCCUCCUGAUAAUUCAAAGGCCUACCAAUUCUUACCUGCUGAUGAAGCAGGAGCAAACCAGGAUGAUUUGAUUAUGUGGCCACCAAUGGUGAUAAUUCAUAACACAAUUACAGGGAAGGGUAAAGAUGGGCGCAUAGAAGGUUUGGGAAACAGAGCAAUGGAUAGCAAAGUGAGAGAUCUAGGAUUUGUGGGUGGCAAGUCAAAGUCCUUGUACGGAAGAGAUGGUCAUCUAGGCAUUACCCUUGUAAAGUUUGGUGGUGAUCAAUCAGGUCUGAAAGAGGCUGUACGGCUGGCAGACCACUUUGAGAAGGAUAAUCGUGGGCGCAAAGCUUGGGGUUGCAUACAGCCUCUGACAUUUGGCAAGGAUGAUGAGAAAAAUCCAAACCUUGUGAAGGUGGAUCGGAGUGGGGAGAAAAACAGGAUUCUAUAUGGUUAUCUUGCAACAGUUGCUGAUCUAUACAAGGUAGAUUUUGAGACAAGGAAGAAGGUUGUGAUUGAGAGCCAUCAGGAACACAAAGCAUCCAAGUAGACUAUGAAUGAUGACAUAAGGUACAAUGGUGUAAUUUAAUGUAUUGUCAUUUGAUCUGCAAACAUCCGAUCCUUCAUGGCAUUUUAUGCUGCAGAAGGUGAGGAGAGCUUCAUGUAGGCAUUUCAUUUUCCUUCUUUUUGACUGACUUCAUGUAGGCCGUUUGCUAACUCUAUUUAAGUUAAGAGGCAGCCUCUUGGAGUUUGGAUGCUAACUUAUCAGUUUUUGUACUGACAGCUUGUGGUACGCAGGAAUUUUACAGGUUCAGGUCACGUGAUUGUUUACAUGUUCCCCUGUUAUUCGCCCGCUAAUGUAUAGAAAUGAGUUGGCAUCAUACUUGCAAGCAUUGAUUAUGCACGCUACCAUUUAUCUGUGCUAACUACACGUAGGAUUAAAUGCAUGGAAAAAGGGAGAUCUCUCAUGGAAACAGUCUUCACGUGUGUGCUUGAAGUCGGGAUGCUGAAAUGAAGAUGUUUUCUUUGGAAUUGAAGGGUGACAACUUGCACUGCGGUUUGGAUGGUUUAACAGGACGCAGCGCAGCCUGGCUUCUUUGGAAUUUAAGCAAAGUCGCCCAUUCUAAAAUCAUGGUGAUUUUCUUGUUUCUUUCUUCCUAAAUUCCGUGGGACCAAAAGACAAUGCUCUCGUUUAUUUAUACUGGUGGUGAGUCCGUGCACUGAGAAAUUGUACGAGAUAAGGCCUUUAUCUUGGCCAAUUAUUUCUGGGGUUCUUGAUAAUGACAAUGUUAUCAUAACACUAGUCUUGUUUGCAAUCAUCGUCCUUGCUGCUUUCCAAACCUGAAACACCCUUAUGACCACAUCUUGUUUUGUUGUUGCCUGCCCUUCUUGUCCUCUCUAACCAGUACCAUUGAAAAAUGCAUGUUUCCAGCCCUUCUGUUAUGCCUUAUGAGCGUGAGGGGGGAGGAAGCACGUUGCUUUCCCACAGUCGAUCUCCUGGGCCAUGACAUUUUUAUAGGAAUCGUGGUGAAUGGUGGUAGCUGAAAAGUGGGCAGUUACUUGAAAAUAUGGGCACAAUCGCAUCUGUGCUCCGUUUAACGUACUAAUUUGCACAUCGGGCCAUUGGCCCAGCAGCUGAAGACAUGAUGGCAUCCUCCUUGCUGCCUGCUUUUUUUUUUUUGUUUCUUUUUUCUUUUCCCAGUUGAAUUUGAUGGUUACCAACCAAAUGCAUGGCUGUAUCAAUCCCCUCUUCUUCCACAUCUGUGCUAAAGUGGGCGCUAAAAUCUGGUUUUAAUGGUCCGAUCUCUAAAUCAGAGGAUUUGAAUGAAAUUCAGAGGACAGAGAUGGUCCGAUCUCUAUUUGAUGGUAUGAUUUGCUAGUCGGCACUGAGAUGACAGAGAUGAUCCAAAUUUUUAGUGUACAUUAUACCUCGGCACAUGCAAGAAGCAAAUCUAUUCAGUAUUCUAUUG